UGGGCUAGCCCCCGGAUGCAACCUCUUAGAUACUAUCAUAACAUCACUGCAAACACUUUAGUGGUGCUGGAAGCUAUGGCAACGCACAAUGUGAAAACUCUGAUCUACUCUAGCACAUGUGCUACCUAUGAAGAGCCUGAGAAGAUGCCUAUCACUGAAGAAACUCCCCAGUUUCCGAUCAACCCAUAUGGUAAGGCCAAGAAAAUGGCUGAGGAUAUCAUUUUGGAUUUUUCAAAGUCCAAGAAAUCAGACAUGGCUGUGAUGAUUCUAAGAUACUUCAAUAUCUUUCCUUGCAAAAAAAAAAAUGUCAUUGGUUCUGACCCGGAAGGCAGGCUGGGUGAGGCUCCUAGACCUGAAUUGCGUGAGCAUGGUCGUAUAUCUGGUGCGUGCUUCGACGCAGCACUGGGCAUAAUUCCAGGUUUGAAGGUUAAAGGUACCGACUACGAAACGCCUGACGGCACUUGUGUAAGAGAUUACAUUGAUGUCACCGACCUGGUUGACGCCCAUGUGAAGGCGCUCAACAAGGCAGAAAGAGGCAGAGUUGGCAUAUACAAUGUUGGCACUGGAAAAGGUCGGUCAGUGAAGGAGUUUGUCGAAGCUUGCAAGAAGGCAACCGGAGUCGCCAUCAAGGUCGGCUACUUCCCCCGCCGGCCAGGUGACUACGCGGAGGUGUACAGCGAUCCCGCGAGGAUCAACCGGGAGCUGAACUGGACCGCGCAGCACACCGACCUCCACGAGAGCCUCAGGGUUGCGUGGACAUGGCAGAAGGCGCACCGGAGCGGCUACGAGCCACCGGCGGCGAUGAUUUUGUGAAGACGUUGCCUUUGUAGCAACCGGCCGGCUAGCUGAAUAUAUAUUGGUGGAGACUUCCCUCAAGGGCUCUAGUCGCUCACUCACAGAUGGCAGUUUAUAAUUUUAUAUAUAGCACUCAUGGUCAUUCGUUUUUUUUAACGGUACGACCUAUUUUUACGGUCUUCAUUGGAGUGGACCGCUCCGUGCGAGCCCACCGAAAAUCGGGAAAAUCCCGUGCAUACCGUGCUCCCUCCAUCAUUCGUUCAGUUCUUGAGAAAUCAUUUUUAUCGCAGGCUAGCUUUAGCUGUUUCAUCAUGUAAUAUGGAUGUGUUCGUUAUACAGGGUUAUAUAAUUAUAAUAAAAAUCCAGCAAGCUAUUCUCAGAA